CAGCUUAGUGACGAUCCGUGCGGCACCCGGACCCUAAUUCGUAUCGUGCUCCUCUGUUGUUACUGUGCUACCAAAGAAUUCGUAGGUGACAAAUCACGCCUCCCGGUUCCGCAUCAGUGUCAGGAACACCGCAUUUCAGCCGACGUCUAAGAGGCGGGCGACGAUCUGAUACCGCAAACAUGCGCCAGCGUAGACUGAAAUUCUCACUGGCCACUGCGGGGUGUCUUUUUUUCGCACUCCUUUGUCACGCAGAUACCGAUUAUCUCGAGGAUGACUCCGUCGUCGUUGAAGCUGCUCAAGACGGAGACUUGCACACUCGAUUGAGCCGUGCGCUGCCCUGGGAGCGCGAUGCUGGACCCGGUUCCUACAGCGGAGCCCCUUGCCUAACUUCGAAGGGUGAAGUUGGUCGGUGUACGACGUUUAGAGAGUGUUAUCCGUACUUCAAGGUCCCCGACCUAACUGCAUUCGACGGUUGGAUCCUUGGCGUUUACGAGACAUGUAACUACGUGGAUCCCGAUGGCCGCAUGGCGUUCGGUGUUUGCUGCUCGAAUCCACCAGUCAUACCCAUCAUUCCACCCGACGCCGGAAAUGUCCCCGUCGUUGAAGAGACACAGGUUGGUUCUGCAGAUUCGGAAAAGGAGAAACCACGUCCCCCCAUAGCCUCGUGGCCACCACCGAUUCCGACCCAUCCACCAGAUCACACGAUUCCACCUCUUCCGACUCAUCCGCCAUCGCCAGGAUUCCCUGCAGUCACUACUCCAAGGCCGCCAAUCACGACGACCAAAAGACCCGGCGCCACAACGUGGCCAACCAAGAGACCAUCCUGGUGGCCCACCACACCAGUCGCACCCGUUAAACCACCCUCGUCACCGGCCACAGUUCCUCCAACUCCAGGAGGCGGCGGAGUUCAAGCGUAUUGCGGAUCCAAGAAUGGAAAUCAGGACCAGGAACGAAUAGUUGGAGGGCACAGCGCGGACGUCGGCGAAUGGCCGUGGAUAGCUGCUCUUUUCAACAUGAACAGACAGUUCUGCGGUGGAUCCCUGAUCGACGAGUCGCACAUUCUGUCCGCCGCCCACUGCGUCGCACAAAUGAGCUCAUGGGACGUUGCUGGAUUGACGGUUCGGCUUGGUGAUCACAAUAUAAAAACGAACAACGAGGUGCGCCACGUCGAGAGACGGGUACGUCGCAUCGUUCGGCAUCGAGGAUUCGACUCGCGAACCCUUUAUAACGACGUCGCAAUUCUUACCCUCGAUAAACCCGUAGCUUUCACCGAGCAAAUACGACCCGUCUGUUUACCCUCUGGGUCACAGUUGUACUCUGGAAAAACUGCCACCGUAAUUGGCUGGGGCUCGUUGCGAGAAAGUGGUCCUCAGCCAGCUGUUCUUCAGGAAGUCGCUAUCCCUGUAUGGACUAACUCAGAGUGCAGAUCGAAGUAUGGGGCAGCAGCACCGGGCGGUAUUAUCGAAAGUUUCCUGUGCGCAGGAAAAGCUGCAAUGGAUUCAUGCUCCGGUGACAGUGGCGGUCCUCUCAUGAUCAACGAUGGCAGAUGGACCCAAGUUGGUAUAGUUAGCUGGGGAAUCGGGUGCGGCAAGGGUCAAUACCCAGGAGUUUAUACUAGAGUAACUCACUUCCUACCCUGGAUUCAAAAGAAUCUUAAGUAAGCCAGCAGCAUAUAAAAAAUUUAUUCCCUGGAUUGACGGUGGGGUGGGAGCUUUAUCAAAACUAAAUACACACACGGUAUAUCUCGUAGCGAAAUAUGGAAGCGAAUAUAAUUUUUUUUUUCAAUGACAAUUCCGUGCUUCGUAAGCGUGUAUAUACGUAAUAGGUAUACAGCUCAAUUUCAUCGCCAAGGCAUAACAGUCGUGAAAAAAGGCUAAUUUUGUAAGUCGUAAUAAAAUACUUUUAUAUCAUUAUGCAUAUCUACGUACAUAAAGAAAAUAAAAUAAAAUUGUACAUCCCGA